AUGAGGAUUGCCGUCAUCGGCGGCGGUCCAUCCGGCCUGGUAACCCUGAAAUAUUUAUGCGAGGCGCAAAAAUCACUUGGCUGCGAACCAGUCGAGGUUGUGCUAUUCGAGUAUCAGGAAGGGGUAGGGGGAACAUUUCUAGGCCGAGCCUAUGAGGAUGCAGAGCUGUGGCCGCACAUCAAGCUGAGUACCAGAGUCAUUUCAGUUUCUCGAGGUACUCAUGGCAAUCACGUCAUCAAAUACCAGGCCAACGACGGACGCUUGCAGCUAUGGGAUUGCGAUGCCGUCGCUGUUUGUUCCGGCUUACACGUGGAGCCAAACGUUCCGCAUAUCCGCGGGAUUAGCACCGUUAAGAAGGUCAUGCAUUCGUCGCAGUUCAAGUCCCGAGCACAGUUCAAUGGUUGCAAAGUGGUAAUGGUGGUAGGCUGCGGCGAAACCGGUGCGGACGUGGCAUAUCUGGCCGCUACACAUGCAGAAGUGGAUCGAGUCGUUCUUUGUCACAAGGAUGGUUUCCAUUUUGCGCCAAAGCGCAACGCUGGUCCCGUGCUGUUGCCGAUAUUAGGUCGCGCGCCGAACCCUGCGAAGCCUGGCAUUCCGAUUGAUGUGAGCAGGGCCAAUCUUUUUGAUACGGCUUAUGUCCAUAGCAUACUGCGUCAAAAAGACUAUUUGCUGUGGGAAUACUACCGAGUCUACAUUACGGUCUUGCUGUGGCUGAGCUCGGGCACAACGGCGGGGAUGGACCAAUGGGCUGGUGAAAUCAGCCCGGCGCGCCACCAUCCCUCCAAGAUUUUUUUUAAUAAGUCGAUGAAGGUUUGUCCGUACAUCAGUUUCCCUUAUAGGCCGCAGGUCCCCGGGCGCCGCUUGUGGCUCUAUGCCCUUCGCUCGGCUCUGGUUCAGAUCCCCGUGGAAGACACGAAUGGGCGAUGCGUGGACUUGGCUCCGUGGCCGCUCCGAGUUCAGUCGUCGGGUUUCGUUGAAUUCAUCGAUAACGGCAGGCCUGAAUAUCAAAGAAUGAAAAACCGCCGGGUGCGUCCCGACAUGAUUGUUCUUUGCACGGGCUGCAAGCAGAGUUUUCCUUUUCUUGACCAACGGAGCGACCCUCCGUACGCGAAACCAACAACAAGGGACGUUCGGCAGAUAUGGAAGCGCAGUGAUCCAUCUGUCGGUUUUAUUGGAUUCGUACGUCCGUCGCUGGGGGCUAUACCACCGCUCUCGGAGAUGCAGGCUCAAUUGUGGAUUACUCACCUCCUAGCCGGGCAUCAUCUUCCUCGACCUUUGCAUCCAGAAGACGAGUGGCACUAUAGGCUCCGCAUCGUGCCGGGAGCUCGUGUGCCGGACGGUGUAGACCACGAGAGCUAUGUGUAUCAGUUGGCCCUUGACAUGAAUUCUGCGCCAGGUUUUACGGAUGUUGCUCGCUUUUGGUCUCUCAAAUUACUGCUUGUGUGGGCACUCGGCGCAAAUUUUAACACAAAGUUUCGGCUGUGUGGUCCGUGGCGAUGGGGCGGAGCGCCUGCUCUGCUCGCAUCAAGUGAGUUCUGGGAGACCAUCACCAGACGGCCCAUCAUAUUUGGCCACUUCGCAGUCUCUUUCUUGCCGAUGCUAGCAUUUGGACCAAUCAACUUUGUGUGUUUGUUGGUUGGGACGUUAUUUCCCACUUACGCAAAGUCAAUGGAACAGUGUUCCUACAAUACCCAUGCGCCCGGAGCAGCUGGUGCGGCGAAAGCCAGCAACGGCGGCGGUUGA